CUGCCAAGAACUGACAGCAUUUUCGAAGACGCUAAAUCCAGUGCGCCGCAAAGACAUUUUUUAGCUCUCCAGCCUUGCAGAAUCCCACGGGUCGGCCGCAACCUGGGCGAUGGCACAGUAUUGGCUACAGCGUUCGCAAAUAGUUCGCCCUUAGCUUGAGGCAUCUGCCUGCCCAGCCGGUGCAGGGGUGGAUGGGCACUAAUCCGGCCUAGUUGGACGCAGGUGCGAGGUUGCGCCCGUCAUGGCAAGACGGAUGUUGCAAAUAUUAUGAAACCCCAUCGACCUCGGGAUAUCCUGAGCUUCUGUCUGGGAGAGGUUUAGAUAAAGGGCGACACCCGGGCGAGUGUUAUUCUCGGCACUGGAUAUUUCCAGAUGGAAGAGCCUCGAAAGUGUUUAAAAAGAGCCCGAACAACUUUCCAGAUUUCUGUUUUUCCGAAGAUGCAUCAUCCUUGAAAAUCCCCUCCAAGGGCUCUGCCAAAUUUAUAUUUAUAUACGUUCAACCAAAUUUCUCACCACAGCCGAAUUCAAAUCCAACAAUACUACCAAAGGCGCCAGUCAAUUACAAUCUCUGGGGCCCCUGCUAUGGACAAACAACCAGACCGCGAUUCUCACAGUAGUCGAUCAAGGAAUCAAGGAAGCAAGAAAAAAACAAGAGGAACAGCGACGAAGAAACGAGCAGCCAAUGUAAAACUCGCUCCCAGGCCGCAGCCGCCCUUCGAUGAAGAGGAAUCGCCAAUCAGAAUCGGGGUCUACUCCACCCAGCAGCAGCAGCAGCCUCAGUCGAACCGUCGUGAAUUGGAACGCCCCAACCUCGACGUCCUCAGAUCCCCAGCACCUUCCAACCCGCCAGAUAUCGCAGGCUGGGGAGGAAAUGCUAAGAAGCGGCCCGCUGCUGCCGUUGAAUGUGAAGACUCUCGAAUCUCAGCGGGUUAUUCAUAUGUCAAUGCCUCUGGUGAAAAUCAACCCGAGGGUGGCUCUCACCUCCAAGCUGGAAACAAUGAACAACAUCUGCCAACACACUAUGUUGUAGAUUUUACAAUAUCCGAUCCGGAUGCUCCAGCGACCCCGGGGGUGAUCUCCGCUCCUGUUCAAAGUGACCGUGCUCCUGACCCAGUAUCAAGCGUCCGUCCAUCGCUAUUUCCUGAAGAAUGGGAGCCAGAUCAAACUAUCUCAGACGACGUGCAGGAAGUUUUGAGAUUUAAAUCUGCCUCAUAUGGGGUGGAGGAGGACCCCGAACCGCCAGAAACAUCCACCAUGCUUCGACAAUGUCAUGUUAAGAAGCUAUCAUACGAGACAUUGGUGGGGGAAGUUAAAGAUAUAUACAACGCUCUUUUGACAACUGAAAUAAGAUGCCUUGUAGAAUGUGCGAAAAUCGAACACAUUACCAAGUUGAAUGAAACACAGUGGGCCGAUCUGGUUGAAUGUCACAAAACCCUCCUUCAUCACCAUUAUAAUUUACUCAUAUGUACACAACAUCCAAUCAGCGGCAGAGAAAUUUCUGCAAUUCCUGUGACAUGCAAAAUGCCAUCUCGCCUGCUGCACCAGGGCAUCUACAUCUUUCUAGAAAUCAUGAAAGCUCGACGUCCGGAUAGUCAUGAUUAUAUGACUCCCUUCAUCUACGAUGCGUACGGCCUAAUAGCGCUGCUUAUAGAAACGGCCCCCAGAUUCAAAAAUGUGUGGCUUGAAUGUCUUGGUGACCUGGCCAGCUAUAUGAUGUGCCUUGAGGAGAGGGAUUCAAUUGAGAACAGGGCCUGGAAAGUAGUUUCAUCGCAAUGGUAUCACAAGGCCCUCGACGAGAACCCGGGGAAAGGAAGUCUUUACCACCGACUUGGUAAUCUUUCAACACCCAACAUGGGUCGGCAAUUGUUCUUUUACUCCAAGUCUCUUGUGGCAACCGAACCAUACACAAUGUCAAAGAACCGUGUUGAGUCUGCCUUUAAGAUGGCUUUGGACUCAAUUCAGAGUCGGGGUGUCACGACCCCAGACUUACCAUCCUGGUUUGUGGGGUCGCAUGCAAUGCUUAUUCGCAGUGGUUCAAUUCACAGCUUCAUUGUGUAUGUGAAGGAGUAUAUUGUCAAUUUUGCCGCCCAAGUUAAGCAACAGACUUUCAAAUUCCGGGAAGCAGCAAUCUGCAUGGGAGUCCCCAACAUCGCUGCAAUGUUACAAUAUGGUGAGCAGGAUGGCAUUCUUACAAGGAUGUUUAUAGACUCUCAAAAGCUGAGCUCGGAGGUUAGGUUACAGAACGCUAUACAGCACUGGCUCAUGCUUCCUAAAAACCCUACUCAAAACACUCUGGACAAAGACUUUCCUUCUGAUGCUGCAACUUUCUCUACUCCUUUGAAAAAACUUACUUACAGCACAUAUUUAAAUUUUCAUACACUCUCUUUUGUUCUUAAAUAUACCCGAAACGAAAAUAUUAUUCCAUAUGUCCACCUCUCUCUUGCAUUUAUUUGGAGCCUGGCAUUAGUUCCGGAUUCCAUGAUGUAUGUGGAGGGAGAAAUUCCCUGGACAAAGAUCACUAUCUUUCUAAAUAUGUUGAACCGGGCAUUUAUCAGCGAAUCCAGGCUUGAAAAUGUCAACUUCCCGAUCCCGACUGAAACAAAAUUCCGACAAUUACCAGAGGAUUUCUUCUUUCGAAGCCAAAUAUGGUCGCAAACACUAUAUCCAUCUGAUUUCUUCGCGGGUGCUACCAUCGACGACGACAGCCGUGGAAGAGACGUGCCCAGCACCAAAUCGGCCCGCAACGAGCGCUGUCUAUGGUAUGGAUAUCGUCUAGCAUCGUGCGGCCGUUGGAUUCAGUUAUUCGAGGAAAACGGCGUGAAGAAAUUUAGACCUACAGAUUAUGCCAACCAACUCGAAGAGACAGCUAUGCAUCCUAAAGUGUUUAGUCGGCCUCAAAGGGCUGUCGCUACUUCCCUGCCUAGCUCUCUAUCUAGCUCCCCGCCUAGCAAAUCUAGGUUGACCCAGCCGCCUAGGAAAGGGAGAGGCCGUUGAUACGCAAAAGGUCAUCGUCGCGCCUUUCCAAGCUUGGUCAGACAUCGCAGAACCCCUAAAUGCACGAUUAAGGGAAGGAAGGUCGUAAGAGAGGGAUUUCAAAGCGGAAUUAAGCCGGAGAAAUUACCCUUUAUCUAGGACGUAUGAGUGAACCCCACUCUGUGUCCCCAGGGUUUAAUGUCAACUACGGAUUUGCAGGUGGCGCUCGGAAAUUCUAGCUGCUGUUGGGGGGGGGGGUCUCCAGCUUCGUACGCCGGGGCAUAUUUCUUAUAUCUGUUUCACACGCAAAGCCGCAUCCUAUACGGACCGUUGCGCUUAAUAUUUACAUUUAGCACAUGUAUGGCCGGCUUCAGCAUCUAAUUAAUAAGGCGGGCGGUUAUUUUCCCAUGAUGUCCGAUGGUCAUGGAGAUUCACACUUUCGGUUCCUGUAUUCGUUUUAAUAUAUGAAUAGUUUCAAACAGGACAUAAGUUAACAAAUACAAUUUGAUAAUUUUAACUUCGCUCAAGCAACACGGACAAAAUAUGCUCUACGAGGUUACAACGCUUUUAGGGAAAGUUCUCUUUUGGCUUCUCAGUUCAGUGCCAAAACUUUUUUCCGUGGUAGAUGUACCAAUUGGGGGAUCAAAUCGGAUGUAAAGGAGAUAUAUCUCGCACAGACAGACACAAAAAGACAAAGUACAUCAUAGAAAAAUUCUUCCCAUUGCCAAAAUCUCCCAUGGAUAUUCCCACAAUCACUCACGGUUUAUGUUAAAUACUUGACCCCCCUGACACGCCAUUCCAAUUGUUUGCCGUAAAAUGCAGCACGAAUAAACUUGAUCACGCGCCCUAAUUCCGGACAGAGAAGUGUGCUGAACACGAAUAGUAACGCCGUCAUCUCAACGCCUCUCCACACCUACAAUCUAUCCCUUAUCCUAUCAUCGAGAGGCAAAGCCACUGCAAGGUCAGGCCUAUUCAUCUAGUCAAUAUGGCAAACCUAUUGGCGCAUGUAUGUAUCUACAAGCGUUCACGAAUAAUAUAAGGAAUAUCUAGCCUCCUAUUGUCAUUUCGUCUGACGACAAUUGUACAUGUACAUGUACAUGCACAUUACCAGGGCGGUGAUCAAAUCCGGUCAAAGAAAAUGUCUUUCUGGCCCAGACGGACGGGUGCGGGAGGGUGCAGGAAGAUUCAUCAGACGUAUCAUUUGCACCACUUGGGCCGGGCUGCAAUCUUUUUAUUUCAGUUUAAUACUUUCCUUCUCGAGAAGUUAGUGGUUAACACCGCCCAAAAAGGGGAUACGGUGGACUUUUGCUUUUUGAUCUCGUUUGGCGUCUUAAAGUCGCAUGCGUUAACUACAAAGGGCAGAGUUCAGGCACCUUGAUGUGUCGGUCCUACCCGGCGAAGGCUCUGCGCUGUGAAUGCAGGGAUUACUGGGGUGCCUCUCAUCUGCGUUAGUGGGUCUCAAUCAUUGGCUAGAUUUGUCGUUUGUUAUUCACUUGGUCUGGAGGUUAUGUCGUGCUCUCGGCCCAGCGAGGUUGAAAGACAGGCGGAUGCGUGGUGGGUGGUGAUGCGGAACAAAGGCUGAAGUGAGCAUUGGCAACUCAUUCUGCAUGAGGCUUUAUUCAAGUGGAUUCAAUGGUUAAAUCAAUGAUAUUGGCAGGCAGUCUGACAACCAUUGACGUUAAUAUGUAGACAGAAACAGCUCAGGGGCUGCAUUCCGUGGAAGCUGGAUCCCGUGAUGCAGUUGCAAAUCAAGUUUCCGCGCCCGGGUUUAGUGAGCAUUCGCAUAGGACGGGCCUCAAGCAAAACACAGUUAAAAGCCAAAACAACCCGGAGCCGGCAACCACAAUCCAAGUCGCAUAAACCUGUAGUGUGGUCGGCAUAGGCAUCAACUUUCCGCUGUAGAGCUUUUGAGACAGCCUCACUGCAGGAGCUCGGGGCAUGGAUCUGCUCUAGUCAGUUAAAUCCGCGUCAUGUACGAGUCAUAAAACACCCCGUU